AUGGCCUUCAUUUUCCUAUUCUCUCUUAUUGUUGCAACGUGCAUUCAUGAGUCUCUCCUGAAAAGAAAUGAGGAUCUGAAGAAGGAAAUCGAAAAGCUUCACCGCUACUUUUUUAUCAUUUCACUAUUCCUCAUGACUAUCGCUUGCAAUGCUGCUGCUCUAGAGGUCGUCCAGGAUGAAGAUGCAACUGAGUGUCCACCAAUUCCAUUUAUCUCGUUGACACCAACAAAUGUCAUCGUGAUGUAUCUCUUCACUUCAUUGAUCAUACAUAUUUAUCUAAAUCAAGACGUUCAAAGAGGCAGCAAAGAUUCACCGUGA